CCCGCCCCACCCACCCCCCAGCAGCGCCUUGACUUCGACUACAUCGCGCUUACCGCGGUAGUACUCGUCAGCUGGGAGAUCGCACUUCACCUCUGGCAGGACUUCAACUACUUGCGGACACCCCGGUGGUACAGGCGUCCAGUCAUUUGGGCCUAUUUCAUCCAGCGAUACGGCGCAUUUGCGGUAGUCAUCGCUGAAACCCUCAUACGCAUUGGCCACCCCAAGUCAUGUCACGCCGCCGGCCUGGUUGCGCUGACCGUUGGGGGAGUCGGCGUAUUGCCGUCCGUCUCCUUGAUUUACUUCUAUCGAGUGCUGGCGAUUUGGAAUAAGAACAAGACUGUCACUUACACACUUGCGUUCCUGUGGAUAGUACUGUUUGGCACGUCGCUCACCGCACCGUUUGCCCAAAGCGCGGGCAACCUCCCUACCGGAGGCUGCACGAUAACCCGGAGCGAGAAAUACACGCCUGCCUCCUUCAUUGCAAACGCCGUGUACGACGCGGUCGUCUUCAUCUUCACCAUCAUGAAACUGCUCGCCAACCGCCGCCAAUACAGCCAAUUCCGUUCGCCCAUGCAGACCCUCCUCCUGCGCGACGGUGUUCUCUACUUCUUCAUCUCCGUCGUUGUCGGCAUCAUCGACAUCGUCUUCCUCGAAGCCGUCCCGAACCCCGCCAUCGCGUCGAGCGUCAUACCCAUGCACAUUGCGCUCACGUCCAUCAUGACCACGCGCCUCGUGAACAACGUCUUCGUCAUCGCCACGCAGCCGACGAGCACGGGAUAUGAGCACCCGCCGACGUCGUUCUUGCACAUCGUCAGCGUGGGCAGCGGCGUCGGCACGGAGUCGUACCAGCUGAACGACGGCGACGACGACACGAAGGUCGCGAACGACGAUCUCGAGAGGGGUUACCGGCCGCCGCGCAAUCAGACCUAUGCGGUGCCCAUGCAGGUG